AUGAGAGGGACGGCACGAAGCCUCGGCCUUCAGCAUGCCGAGGUGGGUGUGAACAGCUCCCAUCACGAGCUCGAACGCACGGAAGGGCUGACGAAUGCAGCCUCCUGCAACUUUGUCUACUGUGCCCACCAUUCGCAUGACCGCCGUUGUGAGCAUUACCGCAAAUGUGUCCAGAGCCGUCGCCGUCGCCGCGGUCGCGAUGUCAUCCCGAGACACAAGUACUAUUGCAGCCUUUUCCACGGAUACCUGACCGACCCGACCGUGAAGUUUACUGGCUCCGAGGAGAUCCAAGAAGGAUGGCACCGAGCCGAGGAUUGGGAUUGGAUGUGGAGCGCCGCAAAGAAAGGCGGAUGCAUGCUAGAUGGCCAAGGCCUCCAGCUGGGCUGUGCAUUGCUGUGCAACCCAAAAUGCAAGCGGGGACAGGACCAGUUCCACAUCCAUAAUAAGCCCUUGAGCCCCGAUGGCCAGACGCUUCAAGCUUACCUUCAUGAGAACGUUUGCAGCGGAGUGGGCUGGCUGCAGAUACCCUCCUAUGCAAGCUACUGCCGCAGCCGAACCAAAAACUACGCAAAGUUCUUCCACCACUUCCCAGCAGUGUUUAGCAGCGUGGAGGAUUCCGGUUAUUUCCGUGACCGCGGCGGUAUUACAGUUUGGCCAGUUUCGCAGAACUUUGGAUGCCACCAACGUGGCUAUGUUCUGAUGCUUUCAAACUGCAACAUCGAAAAGGAUAUCUUUCCGGAACGCUUGAGGUAA